AUGAGUUGCCCUUGCCGGGGACACCUUCCGCGUACUUCAGAGAGUCCGUCGAUUCUCUGCCAGUAUCGCCGACCAGCUGCCUCCCAGCGGCGAACCGCCCACCUCGCAAACCUGCAAGGGUGUCGCCACGCCGCGGUCACCCGCAGCCCCACGCCUUGGGUUCCCUGCAGGAGCCCCGCCAUGGGCGAAGACAGCAGACACGCAAGUGAUCGCGUGGGCCAUGCGGCGUCCGCCCCGCAGCGCCUCGAUUGGCUGCGCUUUCGGCGAGAUACCCAGCCCUGCGGCGCCCAUCAGAGUAGCGGGGGUUCGGUUCAGGUGCCUGCCCCAGCGGUGCUGUGCUCCAGCCAGUUUGACGCCUUGAGGCUCGAUGAAGAGUUGGCCAUGAUGCUGCGAGAGAAGCUGCGCCUUGCCCUGGCGCCGUUCGGACCUCUCUCGAGCAGCUGGCGCAGCCUCGACCUUGAGGGCUUGCUUGGCUUGUUUGUGGACUGUUUGGUAUUCUGUCUGACAACAGGGAGCAAUCGACCAACGCCAGGCCAGGCAUUGCUGAACUUGAGGUUCGCAUCAGCUUCUGGACAGCCAUGCAGUGAACACAGGGUAGGCAGAAAUCCUUAUUGA